AUGUUUAGAUUCCUCAUAUUAUUCAUAUUAAGUACAUCAGUCGCCCAGAGCAAUGAUGGAAACAACAAAAGAUCGAUACAAGAGUACUUCUCCGCCCCGACUCCCGCCACUUCAUCAGACGUCCUCAGUAAUAAACGGGAUACACCAAAUGCUUCCCCUAAUUGCACGAGAGACGAUGGCACGCCGGGUGUGUGCGUCUUGUAUUACCAGUGCAACACCGACGAUGGCCAAGUUAUUACUGAUGGAAGCACCAUUAUAGAUAUCAGGGGGAAGGAUGAAGCCUGUUCACAUUACCUACAAGUCUGCUGCGUCUUGAACAAGGUCCCUGAAAAACCUAUUAUAUUGGAAGAAAAGCUCCCAGAAAUACCUGCAAAUUCCAAAAAAUGUGGUUGGAACAAUCCAGCGCUGCAUAUAUUCCAGUCGAGGGACACAGCUGGUCUUGAUGAUGGUAUUUAUGCCAAUUACGGUGACUUUCCCUGGAUGAUAGCCGUUAUAAGAAAUCGAAACGAGACUGAGGAAUGGUCCAAAAAUGACUACCUGGGUGGAGGGUUCCUGGUUCAUCCAUCAGUAGUUGUUACAGCAGCUCAUAAAGUGGAGCAGUACAGACCUAGCCAGAUCAAAUGCCGCGCCGGUGAAUGGGACACUCAAACGACUUAUGAGCUCUUCGAACACCAGGAGAGAGAAGUCAGCAAUAAAAUAAUACACCCAAACUAUUUUAGAGCUUCAGUGUACAACGACAUCGCUGUACUUUUCCUCAAGAGUCCAUUCUCAUUGGACGGAUCGCCAAAUAUAAACGUGGCUUGCGUCGGUACUAGCUUACCUCCACCGGGGACCAAGUGCUUCAGUAUGGGAUGGGGAGCGAACUUCAGGAAGAAAAACGAAUACGCCGUUAUACUUAAAAAAGUACGUCUGCCGCUUAUUGACGCUGAGAGGUGUGAGACUCUUUUACGCAAAACUCGUUUGGGACCUUUCUUUAGAUUAGACAAGUCUCUAACAUGCGCCGGUGGUGAAGAUGGCGUGGACACGUGUCGUGGAGACGGAGGUUCAUCUUUGGUGUGUCCUGUACAGGUGGCUGGGGAGAGCACACGUUAUGAAGUAUUCGGCAUGGUCGCGUAUGGUAUUGGUUGUGGCAGCAAGGAUGUACCGAGUGUUUACGUCAACAUACCCUAUCUGAAGCCAUGGCUUGACGCUAUUAUUGCCAAGUUACUUAUGGGUAUAUCAGGGGAUGCAUUGCAUGAAGUUACCAGGAAUACCAGCGAACAAAAGAAGGAACUCUGGGAGGCUCUCAACGUCUUCGCAGAGUCCAUCAUGAAACGGAAGGAGACGGCCGAAAGGGAGAGGGAAGUCGACCCUGCGGCCACUCAGGCGAGGCGUCGAAGACCCGGAGGGCGGCGGCGAAGAUACGCCGGUCGCAUCCCGUAG